GUCAACGGCAGUAUGGGGAGUUUCUCAAUCAUUUCGGCGGCCCUAUGGAAUUUCCUGGUGCCCAUGUGCGCAGCAAUCGAUCCUAAUUGCGAUGUGUAUCAGGAAAUGAUAGUCGGGAAGGAAUACCACAUCCGCAACCAAGAAUACCCUCAAAACUACAGUGGAGGUUCGUCGUGUAGAUGGGUGGCGAAAAGUGUGAUCGGUACCAAAAUUAGCUUGUCCUGUACCGAUGUCUCACUGCCGAAAUCUUCAAAUUGUCAGGGUGACAAGCUGACCGUAUCGUCAACCGGUAAUCAGACUCUUGGCGAUGCACAUAAUUACUGCGGAAACGGAUCGUUUUCCGCUAUUUCCCAGGCAAACACCCUUACAAUCGAACUGUUUUCGACGCUUACCUCUCCCGGUGGACAGUUCCAUUGUACCAUGACCGCUAUCAAGGACAGUCCGGAAAAACUGGAGAUACAAAACUCACAGGGCUGCAGCUGUGGCUGGAAGCAAACGGCUACGAUCCUGGGUGGACAAGAAACGGGGCGCAAUGUGUACCCUUCGAUGGCUGCACUAAUACAUGUGGGCACUCGCCGCUUAUUCUGCGGGGCUAGCAUAAUCUCUGACUUUUUCCUGUUGACGGCUGCCCAUUGCGUGUACGGUAAAGACCCCAGUGCGUUUUCGGUGAUGGUGGGCGAGGUCAACAUACCUUCAGAUCUGGAACUGGAACUGGAACCAACGAGACCGAGCUACAAAAACCCAAUACAGCCCAGCGCUGGGGAAACGCAGCCGCGUAAGAAGGCCGGCGUGCUGAUGGACAGCAGAAGUAGCAGAAGCGAGAAAAAAAAGGCUGGUCCGAGCCAACAAACAGUCGUCGACAAAUUGGGACCAUGUCUGCAAAAUGAUAAACCAAAUACUCUCUGCCAAAAGAAUAGAACCACCAAAUCUUAUACAAGCUCGCUGAACUUCAGUCAACCGGGAACCCUCUUCUUGAAGGUCUACUGGGACAGACAAAUACAAACAGAUAGACCGGUACAACAUAACAGACCAGAUAUCAUGAUAUAUGACAAGGACCAACGAAAUAUUACUCUGGCGGACAUUUCCGUACUUUCCCCCGCUAACAUUGACAAGAAACAUCAGGAGAAAGUUGACAAAUACAUGUCGCUAGCUGAGGACAUGAAGCAGGCCUGGGAUGCGAGGACGAUCAAGACUAUUCUCAUUAUAAUUGUAGCGACGGGAAACAGCCCAUAUUCGGCAAUUUAUGCGGUCAGCGGUUACGAAACCUUCCCCAACUACCAACUAACUCCGGUGACCGAUGACAUCGCGAUCGUUCAAACUCAAAACCAAAUGGUGUUUAGUUUGUUUGUUGGCCCCGUAUGCUUACCAUUUAGCUACUCGAACUACGAUUUCGUUGGUGAAAUUGUUACGAUAUUAGGAUGGGGUAGUGUGGACCGUACUGUGAAUCUAUCGGACGUGCUAAGGGAGGCAAGGAUCACUGUAAUUCCGAACCAGCAGUGCGCGCAAUAUCAGAGUGAGACCAUCACCGGCGAUCAGAUUUGUACGUUUGCUCAAGGAUUGCGCGCGUGCAUUGGUGAUUCCGGGGGCCCGCUGCUGUGGACGGAUCCUAACACCCAAAGGUUGCACCUCGUCGGGGUCAUAUCCCAUGGGCUCGCUUGCCCCAAGGAUGAUCCCGGGAAAAACACCAGGGUAACUUUGUACUUAAAUUGGAUCGUUUCAACGACAGAGCAGUUGAAUCAGAUUUUAGUCGCUUCCUGA